UUGCAGAAAUUGAACAGCGGAAAAUUUACGAUAACGGGGCAAGUGUUCACACAAAUUUUAUCCACAAUCGAUGAGUGCUUGAGAUUCCUGCGCAGUCAUAUUCAUUACAAAGAUUCGGCAGCUUACAUCACCAAAUAUGAGCAGUGCUUGUCCAAGUACUCGUUUACCAGCACCGAAAUGCUUAUUCAGAUGACGAUACAUUUGCCUUGUUAUACG